GCAGAGAGUCGGCAUCCGAAGCAGUGGGAGAACAGCGCGGGCCAGGCUGCGGGUCGAGGGCGGCGGCGAAGCAGAUACUUGGGUUUGUGGCCACAUCUCAGCAUGUUGAGUCAAGUUUGCUGCUCCAGGUUCCAGCCCUUCAGUCAACGUCUUCUGCCCUGGGUCCAGUCCACAGUCUCCAGAUCUCAUCGUGUCCAGCCUCCAGCUGCCACACAUGUCCGUUCUUGGAGCAACAUCCCCUUUAUCACGGUACCCCUCAGUCGUACGCAUGGCAAGUCCUUUGCCCACCGCAGUGAGCUGAAGCAUGCCAAGAGAAUCGUGGUGAAACUGGGCAGUGCCGUGGUGACCCGAGGGGAUGAGUGUGGCCUGGCUCUGGGGCGCCUGGCCUCUAUUGUUGAGCAGGUAUCAGUGCUGCAGAAUCAGGGCCGAGAGAUGAUACUUGUGACUAGCGGAGCUGUUGCCUUUGGCAAGCAGCGCUUACGCCAUGAGAUCCUUCUGUCUCAAAGUGUGCGACAGGCUCUGCAUUCAGGACAGAACCAACUGAAAGAGAUGGCAAUUCCAGUCUUGGAGGCUCGAGCCUGUGCUGCCGCUGGACAGAGUGGGCUGAUGGCCUUGUACGAAGCCAUGUUUACCCAGUACAGCAUCUGUGCUGCCCAGAUUUUAGUGACCAACUUAGAUUUCCAUGAUGAGCAGAAGCGCCGGAAUCUCAAUGGGACACUUCAUGAACUCCUCCGGAUGAACAUUGUCCCCAUUGUCAACACCAAUGAUGCUGUUGUACCACCGGCCGAGCCCAACAGUGAUCUGCAGGGGGUUAUUAGUGUUAAAGAUAAUGAUAGCCUGGCUGCCCGUCUGGCUGUGGAAAUGAAAACUGACCUCUUGAUUGUGCUUUCAGAUGUAGAAGGCCUCUUUGACAGCCCCCCAGGUUCAGAUGAUGCAAAGCUGAUUGAUAUAUUUUAUCCUGGAGAUCAGCAGUCUGUGACAUUUGGAACCAAGUCUAGAGUAGGAAUGGGUGGCAUGGAAGCCAAGGUGAAAGCAGCUCUCUGGGCUUUGCAAGGUGGCACAUCUGUUGUUAUUGCCAACGGAACCCACCCAAAAGUAUCUGGACACGUCAUCACAGACAUCGUGGAAGGCAAGAAAGUCGGCACCUUCUUUUCAGAAGUAAAGCCUGCUGGUCCUACUGUUGAACAGCAGGGAGAAAUGGCCCGAUCUGGAGGGAGGAUGUUGGCCACAUUGGAACCUGAGCAGAGAGCAGAAAUCAUCCAUCAUCUGGCAGACCUGUUAACAGAUCAGCGAGAUGAGAUCCUGUUAGCCAAUAAAAAGGACUUGGAGGAGGCACAAGGUAAAGAGUCCCUUGUGGAGAGUCCUACUGUUGAACAGCAGGGAGAAAUGGCCCGAUCUGGAGGGAGGAUGUUGGCCACAUUGGAACCUGAGCAGAGAGCAGAAAUCAUCCAUCAUCUGGCAGACCUGUUAACAGAUCAGCGAGAUGAGAUCCUGUUAGCCAAUAAAAAGGACUUGGAGGAGGCACAAGGAUUGCAUUUCUAUAUCACAACACAGCAUGUCAGAGGGAGCUACUGUUUAUUAUUCCUGUUUUACAAAGGGGCAGCUGAAACUGAUAUGUUGCCUCUUGCCCCACACCAUAUGGUGAAUACUCGAGAAGAAGUUGAAGAUCUCUGCCGCCUAGACAAUAUGAUAGAUCUGAUCAUUCCUCGCGGCUCUUCCCAGCUGGUCAGAGACAUCCAGAAAGCUGCAAAGGGGAUUCCAGUGAUGGGACACAGUGAAGGGAUCUGCCACAUGUUUGUGGAUUCAGAGGCCAGUGUUGACAAGGUCACCAGACUUGUCCGAGACUCUAAGUGUGAAUAUCCAGCUGCCUGUAAUGCUCUGGAGACUUUGCUGAUCCAUCGGGAUCUGCUGAGAACACCGCUGUUCGACCAGAUCAUCGAUAUGCUGAGAGUGGAGCAGGUGAAAAUUCAUGCAGGUCCCAAGUUUGCCUCCUACUUGACCUUCAGUCCCUCAGAAGUGAAGUCACUCCGGACAGAGUACGGGGACCUGGAGCUGUGCAUUGAAGUGGUGGACGGCGUCCAGGAAGCCAUCGAACACAUCCACAAGUACGGCAGCUCUCACACGGAUGUCAUCAUCACAGAGAAUGAGAAAACAGCAGAGUUCUUCCUCCAGCAUGUAGACAGUGCCUGUGUGUUCUGGAAUGCCAGCACUCGCUUCUCUGAUGGCUACCGCUUUGGGCUGGGAGCGGAAGUGGGAAUCAGCACAUCACGGAUCCACGCCCGGGGGCCUGUGGGUCUGGAGGGACUGCUUACUACGAAGUGGCUCCUUCGAGGGCAAGACCACGUGGUCUCAGACUUCUCCGAGCAUGGCAACUUAAAGUACCUUCAUGAGAACCUCCCUGUUCCCCAGAGAAACACCAACUGAGAGCAGCAACCAGGAAUGUUCCAUGAGGUCUUUACACUUUGACUAGUCGAUAAGCCCUCUGGGAGUGAAGCCAGACCUUCUCCCUACCUCCUAGAAGGGUCUGCCCAUUGGGAAGGGUGCCUCAGUACUUCUGGCUCAAUUUGGUACUGUCAGUCUUGGUAUUCUCCAUUCCAGUCUUUAGUAAAGAGGGUGAUUGCUACAGAUGGGUCCUUUACUUCGCUCAGUCCAAUUCCCUCCCUUGGUAGAAACAAAGGCCCGGUUUCCUUCGGGAAAACCCUGACUGCUUUUUAUCACCUCAGUGAGGUCACGUCUCUCGGCAUGUGCUAGCUCCUAGGGCUGCCCUCCCUCCUAAGUUUCCACAUUUCAGUUCAUCGCUGCCACACAUGGUCAUCUUCAGUCGUAGAAGAGGGACAGCUCUUCUUAGGAUUCUCAGCAGAAAUAGUGACUGAAUGAAUGAACUGUUAUUUCCACCAGGCAGGAAGAUUGGCCUCUACGUGUUGGUGGGGUAGGUAAAUAAACACGUCAGAUAUCCAGAGCCAGGAGGCACCCGGGGCCCAUGACACAUUUGUAACCUGAGCUAUAGACAGUUGAGACAAGUUCCAGGGUGUUCUACCAAGUGGGAGGAAUAUCCACAGCAAUUAUGCCUGAAAUUUUUAUAUGAAUUAUUUUGUCAUCCUGUCCUUUUCCUCCAGAACAAAGAUUACAGAAUUAUUUUAAUACUUUGGAUUCUUCUCCCCACCCCUACUCCCAUUUU